AUGCAAGUGAGAUGCGUUGACAUCCUUCGUGAUAGCAAGGGGAAUCUUCCUCGCAUGUUGAAGAAUCUGGACCCAUUCUUUAUGCUGUUUAUUUGUAAUGAAUGGAUGAACAAAUAUCCCAUUGUGAGAUGGCACGAGAUAGUGGAGCUUUGUGGACCGAAAGAUGCCGUGGGGGAUAUGUCUCUGUGGCAUCUUUUGCAACCAAAACUCUAUCGUCUUUCUUCAAGUUGUCGGUGCCCCCAGUCUAAUCUAUUGCUGUUUGGUCCGGAGGGAUCUGGUAAAAUGUUGUUCGCCCAAGGAAUUGCGGGGGAAGCGAAAGCCACCUUUUUCCAUUUUAAUGCUGCUUCAUUGGAAACUGAAAAUUUGUCAUUAUCCAUGCCUCAUUUUAUUGAGGCAAUCUGGUCUUCAAGUUUUUCUGGAAUUAUGAUGCCCGAGGGUGAUUAUCUUGAUACCUUCGACUUGGUCAAGAGUUUGAGAUUUAACUGGGGUAACCUCAGGAAAAAGGAAUUCCCUCAGCUUGGGAAUGAUUCGUUCACUGCUCAAAUCUUGUGUGGAGAAAAAGACUUCCCUGACCGAGUUAUUUCUGGCAGAGCUGAUGAAUGA